AUGCUGAGGAUCAUUUUGGGUCUUUAUUUGCUGCAGAUCGAGGCAGCGGUAGAAUGUUGCAACCUGCGUGCGUAUCAGAAGGGCAGCUGCGUCGUGGCUGCGGAGCGCAUCAGCACAGCAGCCUUCUGCAGCUUCCCUGGUCGAGCUUUGUUGCAGGCGGUCAAUGUCGCCGUCGGCGAAGAGGCAGUGGGGCACUCGGGCAGCAGAUACGUGUGGGGCAAAACAGGGCCCGGCGGCCGCCAAAGCUUACGGGAAGUGAACCCUGCGCACGCGUAUGGCCACAGACCGUCGCGCCCGGACAUAUGGUGUUUGUCUCCGUACGAAUUUACGACAACGUGGGAGCUGGAGCCACUGCGGAUUCCACGGACACGUAGUGAGUGGCAACAGCUGCGCGGCACGCACUCGGAUGUGACUUUGACAGCCAGGGGCGCCGCAAAAUUCGGCACGGCCGAGGCAGACAACUGCAAGGUGCGGCUGCUGCCAGGCGUCGACUUCAGAAGAGCACAGGGCGCAGAAAGCCGGAACAAGGCGUAUUAUCCGUCAAGCGCCGGAAACGCGCUGUGCCACGCCUGGUGUUUGCGUCGCAAAGCCCGACCACAGUGCCCCCAGAUGGCCAGCGCGCCGGUGCCGAAUAGAACGGGCGAAGACACGGAGAGCAAUGCGAAGAUGACGAUGACGUAUUUUCGGGCAUGGACACUGGACAAAAAACGUAGUGGAGACAAAGUGCGGUACAUCAAGCACUUGCGUGAGCCAGGAACGACAUGGGACAGAAGCUUGCGCAGGUGGUUGCUACAGCUGCCAUGUGCCGAGACAAAGCAAUACGUGGGGAACUUCUUGAGCGUGUACCGCGUUCGGCCGGACACCGAGCUGGACAAUAGCGACAACGAGGACGACAAUGAAGAUCUGGUUGUGACGGAAGAGUUGUUAGGCGUAGCCUGCCAAACACAUGUGGCAGUGGAAGAAGACAACCACAAAGAAAGCAAGUGGUCCACACAUCGACGUUUGCUCGUGGACGCGUUACAGCGCGCCGAACAGCACUGGGGUGGCCGCGGCGUAUCGAAGAGUGUGCCGGGAGAAGUGGGAAACCCAUAUGCGACAAUGGACACGAAGGGCAUCGUGAAAGGUUUGCAUCGCGCGGCGGAGGCCCCCGCAGGGAACGCAACGCAGACGAAACUAGAGCCGAGCGUGACGCGACGGCCCGGCCGGUUGCAGGAAACCCUGGCGGCUAUCGACCGGUGGAGCAGCACGGUCGCCGACGGCAAAUGCAACCGCAAACAGGCCGAACUCUGUCAGCGCGUCGCGCAACAGGUCAGAGCAGAGCUGCUGGCAGAAGACGGCGCCAGUCCGCAGCCACUGCGCUGGGUCGUGCACGGGGGUCCCGGCACGGGUAAAUCGCACACGUUGAAAUUGAUCCGUCGCGAGCUCUUUGAAGGUAUCGCCGGGCGGACGCAUGGCUCGCAAUACCACGUCGUCACGCUGCAGGCGGUGAUGGCCAAGGAACUGGACGGCGAUACCAUUCAUCACGCGAUGGGCCUAAAUUGGCAAGGCGCGUCCGACGACAAGAUCAGCGGAAGCAAGUUCCUCGACCUGAGUGCGAAGGCCGUGCAAUGGCGGUGGCUGAUCAUUGAUGAAAUCAGCAUGGUAAGCGCUGAGCUGCUGGCAAGAAUGGAUUUACGAUGCCGAGAGCUAGUGCGCGAUCUAGCGCAGAGCAAGUACGCCCCGGGCAGCGCGCACGCGCAGCCCUUCGGAGGGUUGAACGUACUAGUGGCAGGGGAUUUAUGGCAAUUGCCACCACCGCGCGGAACUUUUUUGGGGGAAGUGCCUUGGGAAAUGUUGACCAAGGGGACCAGCAAAAAAGUCGCCCACACCGUGCAUGGGCAGAAGCUGGUGUGGGGCUCGCAGGCGGAGAACAGCAUCAUCCACGGCAUCACAGAACUAGAGCAGUGUGAGCGCACGCGAGACACAUGGCUGCAGACGCUGCAGCAGCAGAUUCGGGAAGGUGCUUUGAGCGCCGACAAUCACGCAUUUCUGCAUGGGCACGACACAGGUGUCCCGGGAAGUUGGAAGCUGGAGCAAGCAAAGGCUGUUUUUGCGACGAAUGCGGUGAAGUACCACGUCAACAAGCUGCGUGCACUAGACUGGGCACGCCAGCACCGGCAAGAGGUCAAAUAUGCCAUUGCAAAAGACACAAUUUCCAGCCGAGCGUUGCAAGAAAAACCGGACUUGGGCAAAGACAAGUUGACAUGGCUGCAACGUCACGAUCAGGACUGCGGCGGGCUGUACGGGGUUUUGCCCUUGUGCAUCGGCAUGCCUGUCACGGCAACCGAUCACUUGGAUCGCCGCAGAGGCAUACUGAAGGGAUGUCCUGGCACAGUUGUUGGAUGGAGCUGGCAUGAAGCAGCGGGCACAGAAGCAGGGAGUACGACACAUAUUUGGAAUCAGCUCCCAACUUGUGUCUUUGUCCAGUUCCAGACCAAGUCCCAGUGGCGAGUGCAGGGGUUAGCCACGGACAACGUGUUUCCGGUGACGCUCCAACGGCAAGCGUGGCAUCUGGACAAGGGCCGAAAGCGGCCCAUGCUGCGGGUGGUGCGACGGCAAUUUCCGUUGGCUCCCGGGUUUGCCACGACUGCGCACGCGGCGCAGGGCCAAACUUACGCAGAAGGGGCGGUCACGGACAUGCAGAUCGGCGAAGGCGGAGACCCUCUGACCGCAUACAUCGCUGUGACGCGAGUGAAAGAUAGACACGGGUUACACAUAUACAGACCCUUCGAUGCUGCACCCUAUCAGAAAGGACGCAGCGUAGGGAGAGCUUUGCUGUUGCAGGCCUGGCGCGGAGAGAGCAUUGACUGGGCAACGUUGCGCAUGCGGCACCGCGAGGAGGAAGUGUGUCGCGAGUGCCACGAAAGCAAACCCAGAAGCGGGUACAGCGCCGGGCAAUGGAAACGGGACGCGGACGCACGUGUGUGCAGAGAAUGCGCGCGUAACUACGCAGCCAACAACACGCCCUGGCAAUGCAACAGUUGCAAGGCAUGGAAGCACGAAGACGCCUUUGCAAGAAUGUACGCGCGCCCCCAAUGCACGUUCUACCGCGUGUGCCAGACGUGCGAGGCACAGAAGCGGUGCUACAAGUGCGGCACGGCCAAGCCGGAAAGUGCAUUCGGGGCGGCCGCGUGGAAAGGGCGCCAUGCAGACCGACGUGUCUGCAGGGACUGCGCCAUGAAAGUCAAGGGUGCGUGGCGCUGCGCCGUGUGCACGGAACGUAAGGCGCGCAAUGGCUUCAGCGCCUGGUCCAGGCAGCGCGCUGCACCGCAAGACGGAACGCAGCGUUGCAACGCUUGUGUCCUCAGCGCGGCCAAGCGCGCAGCAGCGCAGCGCGCAAACAACAGACGCGCGCGGCGCAGAGGACGGCCUGCCCGGGCGGAUGCACGGGUCUACAGCUGCCACGGGCAGCGGUUGCCACGAAGUGUCGCGCAUAGAGCCAUACGGCGCCUGGCUGCGACGCGGACGAAAGUAGCCGAAGAAAAGAGACAGCAAGUCAUAGGUCUUGUACGGGAAGAGAUCGCUGACCAUGUGCGACAGAAGCAAGCCGAGGAUGAGGUGCUCUUUCCCCGGGCGCAGGAGCCGAACCGGAGCAAAGAAAGCCAGACGGCUCAAAGCAAGACGGAACCGGAGGCACAAAGGCUCUCCACAGACAGCAUGCCGUCGCGCAAACGCCGCAUGGAACUACGACAAGACAAGCGCGCACAGCCGACGCCCACCAAGACCCAGCCCCGCACUCAGACAAUGCAAGUAGCACAGGCAGAGCCUGCAGCGAAGUGUGCAGAAGACGUGUCGGUGAGCAGCCAAGCCAGGACAGCGCCUCCGCCACAACGAAAGUCGCAGGCAAAGCCGCAACAAGCGACGCAAGCCACCCCGACCGUCGCGCAGACGACAAACGCACCGCCGGCAAAGUUGGCUGGACAGACGGCCGCCGCGGAAACGUUCCAAUAUGCGUGUCCGUUUUGUGAGGUGUCUGUGACCAGCACUGUGCGCACAGGCCAAGUAGAUCACCGCCGUGUGCGCGGGAAGUUGUUUCGUGUCAAAGACGGACACGUUGCCGCCAAGAACUUAGUCUAUGCGUGUCCAUUUUGCAAUGGAACUGUGGCGAGUAACGUGAGGACAGGGCGGGUAGAUCACCGAACCGUGUGCGGCAACCGAUUCCAUGUGAAAGAAGGCACGGUUAGCACACAGACGCGGCAGCAUGAGGUGCUCGCUCCCCGGGCGCAGGAGCCGAAUCGGAGAAAAGAACGCCAGAUGGCGCAAAGCAAGACGGAACCGGAGGCACAAAGGCUCUCCACAGACAGCCUGCCGUCGCGCAAACGCCACAUGGAACCACAACAAGACAAGCAAGCACAGCCGACGCCCACCAAGACCCAGCCCUGCACACAGACAACGCAAGUAGCACAGGCAGAGCCUGCAGCGAAGCGUGCAAAACACGUGUCGGUGAGCAGCCAAGCCAGGACAGUGCCGCCGCCACUACGAAACUCGCAUGCAAAGCCGCAACAAGAGACGCAAGCCACCCCGACAGCCGCGCAGACGACACUCGCACCGCCGGCAAAGUUGGCUGGACAGACGGCCAAGUAA